GCAGCAGAGACCCCCAAGUGAGGCAUGGAGCAGCCCCCGGAGAGCCAGCAGGACACCCCAGCCCUUGCAGAGGCACCCAUCGAGUUCCUGAGCCGCAUUGGGCUGGAGGAGCUGGAGCGCUGCUUGUUUGCUGAGACACUGGAGGUGGUGCCAGCAGCUGGUCAGCCAAGUGAGCAGGCAGGAGGCCAGUGGUGGGUGGAAGCCCAGUGGGCACCCUACGAGCAAGCAGGUGAGCCACUGCGGAGCUGCAUCCUCGUGCAAGCCGGCUCCCGCGGCAGGCAGGAUGGCGUGCCCUUCUCCAGCACCCUUAAAGCCUGUGUGACCCCACGGCUAGAGACCCUGGAGCAGGAGGAGCAGGAGCACCUGGAGCUCAGCGAACACCCCGUGGAGAGGAGGACCCACAUGGUGAGCCACCAGCAUGGGAUGACUGUCACCAAGACCCUCCAGGAGGGAGAGGCGGAACCACAGUGCCAGAGCUUCUCCUACAGCCAGGCUGAGCUGCGGGGGCUGCUGCCAGAGGGUGCCAGCCUCCUGCUGCUGCGGGUGCUGGCACACCGGCAGGCAGUGCCCCCCAACCUCAUCUUCCCGGCCAUCGACACCGAGGGCCACCUCUGCACCUCCAGCUACCGGACACUGGGCAUCCAGCAGCAAGUGGUGGGCUCAGGAGAGGUGGAGGUGUUUGUGAUCGAGAGAGCCCUGAAUGCCGGCACAGGAGUCUCCACCAUCUGGCACAGCAGCUUCCUCCCCAACGGGCGUUUGGCCCGGCGGGUGCAGGUUGGCUGUCCCAUGCUGAUGCUUCUGCAGGAUGAAUCUGUGCUCAGCAAGAUAGGUGGGAUCAAGCCUCAGGCCCCCUUCCCCAAACAACCCCUGGACUGGGAGGAGGACGUUCAGCUCUACUCCUGGUUCCUGGAUAGGAAGGAGGAGCUGCAAGCAUCCCACGCUGCCUACAUCCAAGAACACCCGGAGAUCCAGCAGCUGCUGGCAGACUUCCUCCAGGCCCUGCUCCUGCAGCAGCCCUACGACCCUGUUUCCUUCGCCGCCCAAUUCUUUGCCCCCUUUGGCCGACAAUGGUCACCAGGGCCCCCCUUUGCCUCCACUGGGGAUGACAGCUCCCUGUCCUGCCCCUUUCACCGUGAACCUCCAGAUAACAAGGAAUAA